UACAGAGUCCCAAGGAGGUAUGAUUUUUCGGAGAGCAGCGUCGCCUCCAGCGAUGCUCCCAUUGAUCCCAAAUUGACUCCCAAUGAUCUCGCGAUGUCGCGUGUGCUGAUCAGACAAACAUUGCUAUUUUUGUGGGCAUUUGAAGUUACAGCAUUGGCGGAUGGAAAAAACGUAAAUGAGUUGGAAUAUUGAUAAAAAGACUCACUUUGCGAUGGUGUUGGAAACGAGUGGUGUGACCAACACAGAGGCGCGCGGUGUUCGCAUGUGUGGCGUUGGCCAGAGGCUGCCUGCCAAACUCCGGGCUUCAGUUCACUCCCAACACAUUGCAGAGGUGGAAGGCAUCGCGGCAGACGUUUGUGAGCCAAGGUCAGCCAAAAUACAAACAAGCCAGGCAGAAAAAACGGGCACGGAAAGUAACAAAGAGACAAGUUUGUCCAGAAACUCCCUGCAAGAGCGCAAUUGUCGCGUGUGAUGAACUGAGAGGCCGGAGAAAUCUCUGUGAAUUGUGAGGCGCGCAAGAAGAGCUGAGAGAGACUCAAGGAGGCCAUCAUGAGCUACAAGAACGCACGAUCCGCCCUGCAGAAGCUCUUCGUGUACGGGACACUGAAGAGGGGCGAGCCGAAUCACCACUUCUUCAAGAACUCCAACAAUGGAUACGCCAAGUACAUCUGCAAGGCGGCCACCACGAAGAAGAUGCCUCUGGUCAUCGCCACGCGCUACAACAUUCCCUUCCUGCUGGACAAGCCCGGGCAGGGCAACUACGUGGCCGGCGAGAUAUUCGAAGUCGACGACAGGAUGAUGGACAAGAUUGAGAACCUCGAAGGGCGCGAUCUGCUCACGCGUGACAAGCAAGAGAUGAACAUGGGACUGCAAGAAGGAAUCGUGCCAUGCUGGGUGUUUCUGCUGAAGGACUAUCCGGAAUACCUCGAUCAGCUGCCGUACUUGUCAGAGUACAAGAACACCGCGCGACAUCCUUACGGCGCGCGCUCGGAGCGCGAGGAGAAGGUGGCCAAGAACGACUUACUGUACAAUCUAUUCAUCUGAAUGUCCUGUGUGAUUGCGCAGGUCAGUGCCUCACGUUUCCUCUCUGUUGAGUAUUUUCUGAUUUGUUGAGAGUCAUGGAUUAAAUUUUGUAUAACAAGA